CGCUGGUUCGCUGGUGCGUUGUUCCUGUUAUGGCUGUUGAAGAAACGUUCUCCGGUUUUUUUGUCUUUUGCCUCAGCUUACCUCCAUGCUCUGUUUACAUCCUCGUACUCAAGCCCGCAUGCCUCUGCAUAUGAUAAUUUCGGAUACUCCACCAGUUCUUCCAUCUGCCCCGCCUUCAUUGGCCUUUUCGAGAGCGCGUGUGUCGCCUUCGACCCCUCUUCCGCCUUGUUCAGCCAUCUGCUCUUGUCUCACCAACGAAAAGCCGGGAAAGAGCUGAACGUGAGCAAGGAAAAUCCCAACUGAAGCCGGGACCCCGGACUUUGUCUGCUGCGCGAGAGAACAACAACCUCAGCUCGUCAUUGUUCGCUCUCCGUAUUCCUCCCCGUCAACUUCUCAAACGCGUGUCCAAAUCUUCUUUCCUGACUAUCACUUCUAUCAGUGUCUUUGUUUACUCUGGCGAAUCUGGAUGUCAGCCUCAAUUCUUGUAUCCAGCGAGUCUCGGGCUAGAGUAUUUUACUGCAAAGGCCCAUAUCACCGUUGACAGGUCAAGGGUUGCUUUGCCCACAGCAUCGCGUUACACCAACCUAUGGAGGCACGGGUCAGGAUAGCAGCGGUCGCGAGCCUGGCGAGCAUUUUGGGCAUCGCAAGCAGCGUGCUGAAUAUCAUUUUCGCAACAAACAUCGGCAAUGUUACGGUGGUCUCAGGUCUUCGAGUUCUCCUUUACAUCACCUUCGUUCUCAACCUGAUCAAUCUCGCGGGUCUGGCUUACUUUGGCACGCUCUUUGUGAAGAAGCUCUGGAGCCAGGCGCAGCACUCGACACCAAGUUCAUGGGGACUCUUCUACGCCGGGGUGGUUUCGGCGGCAGUCAGUGUCAUCGUCUCCGGGAUCGCAUUGGUAUGGCUGGCUGUUAGACGAAGUGACCUUCCAACAGAGAUUUUGGACACAUCUCUCGCCACAUUGCUUGGGAUUUGGUUCGCUGUGUGGGCGGUCUCUGCUCUUUUGCAAGUCGCCCUGUAUGUUCUUCUCGCCUCCUGGACCAAGACUGUCUUGAUGACAACAAGGGCCACUGGACUCCACUUGGACUUUGGCAUCAGAGCCCGAUCCAUGUCCGCUGCUAAGAGACCGGGCACUCAACAGACUGAUCAAUCGUUCGGCUCGCAGGACUUGACUCUUAACUCACCGCCACGCACUCCUGUCUCAAGGGGAGAGUCUUCGACACGCCGAUCGUCAGCUACAAAGGUGGGAACCGGAUCAUCGAAGACAAAGCGGGUGCGGUAUUCGAGUCGAUCUUCGCUGGAGAGUUCGCCGUUUCCAGCCGGUGAGGCCAUGUCUAUCGACAGUGCUUUCGACAGCUGGGACACGUCCUCAGUUCAUCAUGAGAUACGCGUCGUCAUCCAUUCAUCUCCGCCCGUCGUCCACGGAGCUCUGGAGACGAUUCCGGGCAGUCGACCUGAAUCACCUGCCAACGUGCUGGAUGGUCCAUUUCUCCCUGCGCCACACUCUCCCACGUCAAGUUCGCCGCCGCAUGCCACGACCUCGGAUACUGCCACCGCCUAUGGCUGGGGCUCAUCGCCGCGACAACCGAAAUCAUCACCACCGUCCAGCCCGGUCAAUUUCUCCCGGCCAACAUCCCGACCUACUUCGUCACACGUCACCAAGCCGCUCCCACAGCCACCUAAAAUUGGCAAGUUCGAGUCCCCCUUGCAAGAAGAACUAAUACACCCAUUGUUCCGACCCAACAGCCCUCGACCACCUCCGAUCCCUAUUGCUGGCACCAUGGUAACAGCCUCGCCCAUGGCAAACACCACCAUCACGCCUCGGACGCUUGCCACUCUCCGGAGCAAUUCGCACCUAGCACUCGAAUGUGCGAAGGCUGAACCCAAACGAACGGACGAGUCCGAGACAGAGAGCGAGGAGCAGUUUCUGCCGGAUAGCCCUACGCUGGGCAGUUCAUCUCUUGGCAGCCCCGGCCCGUCGAUUGUGGACGAAGCAGACCUGCCACCAAUUCUACCUGGAUUCGUGCUGUCAGCAGGAUCGCGGACCAGCCUGGUGGGAUACGGGAAGCGCAAAAGUGUCAAGAAGGACAGACCCCAGUCCCAGGUGUCGACUGGCAGUCGAUUGAGUCAGAUCAUGGUUUGAAUGAAACGGAGCCUGGCAGUUCAGCUUUGGUUUCUUUGUUGAUUUUUUUGGUCGCGGCUACUGGCACCGCGGUUCUUUUGUUUUGAAUGUCAUGUUAGCGUGGAGUUGGCGGAUCCUUGAUUGCUGAUUUGGAGGAUUAAUGGCAAGUAGGGUUUACAGAUACCAUUUGCUGUAUGGGAGACAUGCUUCAUGGGAAUUGAUGGAUAUGGGACGAUGGCUGAUGUUCAUUGGGUGGAUGGCGGGCAAAAGGGAAAACGGCAUUUGGGAGGCGGAAUUCGGCGGCACGAACCGGUCGAGCCAUGGGCACCGAAUACUAAGUAGGGGUGUUUGGGCCCGAGUUUUAAAGCAGCGUCGUCUGACGGCGCAUUCUCCAG